AUGAUAGUAUUAGGUGUUAAAUAUCCAGCUUUGGAUAGGGUGGUUUUCUACAACCCAAGCGAGGCCGAUGAACAAUUAUUGAAAGACAAAGCUGCUGAGCUUAGCCACUCCACUGCUGAUGUCAGCGGCCAGUACUUCAACCUUCUAUUUCUUGCGUUUGUUUUGCAGACACUGAGCUCCCGCAAUCCUGACUAUCACUUAUACUCUACUAUGUGCUACUGGUACGCCGGCUCAACUCUCGACUGUCUAAGUCUUGCUUUGAACAAGGCAAAGCAAGAGGCCGAGUCGCACAUCACGGGAGGCGAGACUCGUGAGAACAGCGACCAUCGAGGCCGUGCCACAUUUAUGGAAUCCAAAUGGUUGAAGUUCGGGUGUUUUUAUAAAAGUCAAGUUCCUGAUGCGCUCGACACUUUAACUCUGAGAAAUUCCGAAGCGGGAACGCCUACAGAAGAAUUCAUGGGAGUGGUGACAGAAGCAGAGACGAAAACCAACACGUUCAGGGCUAGCCUCGUUUGCGGUGACGAGGAUCUAACCUUACCAGAACACCGGCAGGAGUUUCUGAGACGGUACCUAGUUGUCGACGUUCCGAUUGAAGUGGGGACGAAAGAUGACAGCUACAGGCUGAGUCCAAAGCCUUCGCCUGGCUUCAUAUUGAUGGAUGAGCUGGCUCUAGGCGAUGACAACGUCAAUACAGGGAUGGCAACUGAGGCUCGAGAAUUGUUCUACAAAGAAAACCGAUUCUUGGUUUCUCUGAAAGCACUCGAUGCGUUUUGGAAUGGGAGAUACCAGAGGUAUGAGUUGGGGGACCUGGUCAAGUCAUCAAUUCAACACAUCAUCAUUGCCAUCUCCACGGAUGAUGACCAGAACUUAUACCCGGUUAUGGAUGCCCUGCAAGAUUUGGACCCUAGCGCUAAAGUCAGAAUUGUUCUACUAGGGUUCGGGAUGUCACCGGAAAGCGAAGGAGCUUUUUCUCGAGUUUCCGAAGACAUUUCGUCUUGGGUGAAUAGUUUCUCUCAGCGAUUUAGCAACUUCAAGAUGCACAAGCAGCUGUUGCCAGAAGAUGCAGACAACCAUGUGGUUACGGAGAUUCUUAAUUCUCUUUGA